UUGAGCUCGGGUUACUCAAUAUGUUCAAGGAAACAAUCGGACGCCAGUCACAGAUUGUGAAAACAGCUUCUCGCUAUUUCUUUACUCGACUCGGUGGCAAUAAUGCAAGCGCUUGUUAUGAAACGUUUCGAAGCAGCACUAGCGCUAAAGUUUGCCGGCUUGCGACAGCCAGCCUCGUUGUGUUGUCACGGUAAGUAUCGCAAACCAAUCGGACACCAGAUGUGACAUCGAUAUAAACUGGAGGGGUCACCAGGACUCGACACGCCCCUUCAUCAUGUCUUCUGAAGUACCCGCCUCGUACCACACCCUCGCAGACCCGCCGAUUCCAUUACCGGUGACCUCGUCGCCAUGUCGUAGCCAGGACUAUUACUGGGACACUAUCGUUCUUCAGGUCGAAGACACCCUCUUUCGAGUACCAAAAUACCAAUUGGUGGGGAAAUCGGAAAUUUUCGAUUCAAUGCUCUCCCUACCGCAGGGCAGCAAUGAACCUGAGGGCUCUAGUGACGAUGCGCCCAUCAAGCUGUCAGACAUUAGUAAAACCGACUUUAAAUCACUCCUCCAAGUUAUUUACCCACGAGAUGCAGCGAAUCCUCCUGAACUAUCCAUUGAUAGCUGGAUUUCCGUUCUCAGGCUAUCCAGUCUAUGGCAGAUGGUGGACACGAGGAGCAAUGCCAUUUCACAUUUGACCCAGCUUCUGUGUAAUUUGUCUCCGGCAGAUCGAAUCCUUCUUGGCCGGAAAUUUUCAGUCGCGCAUUGGAUUUCUUCUGGAUAUGUAAAUCUAGCGGAGCGUGGAGAAGUGGUCUCCCUGGAAGAGGCAGGGAAGAUUGGUUUGAGUACCGCCCUUCUCAUUCAUCAUGUGAGAGAAUCACUCUGGAAGAGGGACAACGAACAUUUGCAUCGCAGUUCGCGAUCUCGAUACUACGGCGACUAUAAUAAUUACAACGACGAUGAAUGCUACGAGAAGCCGAUGGAAAUUUCCAGAAAGGAUUCCGUGGAAGAGGCGGUAAAAUUAGCGUUCGGGGAGGAGUUGAGAGACGUCGAGGUUGAGGGAGAUAGAUUUAAAGACUAACUCGCAAUUUGUGGAGAUAAAUCUGUUUUUUUUUCGUAUUUCUAAAUCACCACCCAAAGAAGUUUAUUCAGCACCUUGGUGGUUGGCCAGCGGGUGUUCGAUAUUU